CCGGACCUGACCUGCUUCUCAAUUGAAGGAGCUUAGCAGAAUCCAACCUCUCAGUCCUAAAUCGAGUUGCGCAGACACUUUACAUUUAUGCGCUCAAUUCGCCAGUCCAGAAUUAGCGGAUCGUGACAUUCUGGUACUGGUCAAGUCCAUUGCUUUCUCUCCAUGCCCGGCCGCCUCAUUCUACGGCGCCCGUCCCCGACGACCGUCUCGUUUACCGUGUCGAAUGCGUCAAGGCAUGCUAGCACGCCCGCAAAAGUUCUGUUCUACCUGCAGAUCUUACUGCGAGUACUAAGCUUCUUCAGUGUGCUUCUGCUCGAUGUCGCCAAACUCCGAUACUCUCCCUACAUUCGCGAAGCACGCUUGAUCCCCUGGUCAGCUGUAUGGUCGACUCCCCUGGGCGCCUUCCUCUGUCGCUAUGCGGACAGGUACAGCUACCCGGUUGUGGCACUAGCCAGUGCAAUUGUCAUGUACGGUGUCUUUAGGAAGGGAUAUACAGAAGAGUCGCUCCUUGUCAUACGGGGCUUGGGCAUCCAGACCUCUACCUCCUCCAACACGUACUUUUCAAAAGCGUCUACGCGAUUUAUACCCACAACCCAGAUCCAGGAUAUUGUGAUCCAUGAGGCUUUUAAGGGGUUUGAGGUUCGCUUCUAUCUAGCCGUGAUUGUCGAAGGGGAGACGGAAGUCGUCGUGGUUUUUCCCAAGCUGCUUCCGAAUCGGCAAAUCCUGGAGGAGGUGUGGAGGGGUUCGCGACGAUGUCUGUACGACUCCAAGUCAUGACUAGGUCGAAGCGAAAGAUACGGACAAUACAGGGUUCAACU